GUAUGGGCGUGAAUGUCGAGCUUCGAGAAGCACUUUGGCCACUGUGAUUGUGUGAAUAACGACCUAAUUAGGCUGAGGCCAUUAGUUUUUUACGUGAUAUCAAACAAACAUUUUCGCAGCACCUCAAGAUGUUUCAAAUUAACCUUGCUGGUCGACGUAUAUUUGAAGAUUGCUGGACGCUGGUUGGCGACUUGUAGCCGUAAUGUCUCGUGUGAACAAAAUGGGGGGGGGGGGGGGUCUGGUUUGACGGCUACAUUCCGAGUGGAGGCUGGCUUGACCUCAGUGCAAAACCGUGACGCGUUGCAUCGAACCGCGAGUGUUUGUGGAAUAAUGUGACGGUUCGACAAGGGCUCUUCCCUCCCGUUCAUCCCCAAUCGGAACAGGCGCAUAUGGCAGCACAUUUGAAGAAGCAGCUAAAAGAGGCAUUGAAGGUCAUCGGCUCAGGGAGCCUCCUCUUUGCCUCCUACCUCACAGUGGUGGGAGAUGAGCGUUUCUAUGCCCAGCAGUUGAUGCCCCUCCUACAAACUGUAGUGGGGGCAGAGAUGGGCCAUGAGCUCGCUGUUAAAAUGAUUAGUCUGGGUUUGGUUCCUCUCAACCGCUAUCAGGACCCACAGUCACUGGGAGUUAACGUCCUUGGCUUAAAGUUCAAAAACCCUGUUGGGAUCGCGGCAGGCUUUGAUAAGCACGGAGAAGCAGUGGAUGGUUUGUACAAGAUGGGCUUUGGCUUUGUCGAAGUUGGGACCAUCACUCCCAAACCCCAAGAAGGCAACCCCAAACCACGUGUGUUCCGACUGGCAGCAGACAAUGCCAUCAUUAACAGAUAUGGUUUCAACAGUUGUGGUGUUAUAGACGCACACCAGAGGCUAAAGGUCCGGGAGGCAGCACAGCAAGCGCAAACUAAAGCCGGCCUUCCCCUAGGUAUCAACCUAGGAAAGAACAAGCAGUCCCGUGAUGCAAGGGCAGAUUACUUGGAGGGGAUGAGAGUGCUGGGCCCACUGGCUGACUACCUUGUUGUAAAUGUCAGCAGUCCCAAUACACCAGGUCUCCGCAACCUACAAGGCAAAGCUGAGCUCCACCAGCUCCUCCAUACGGUGUUGAAGGAGCGGGAUGAGAUGCAUGAAGGACACAAGCCUCCAGUCCUGGUCAAGAUCGCACCUGACCUCAGCGCACAGGACAAGCAGGACAUUGCUGACGUUGUUACUGAGCUCGGAGUGGAUGGCUUAAUGGUGUCCAACACCACUGUGUCCCGGCCAGAGAUGCUACAAGAUCCCCAACGGUGUGAGACUGGUGGACUGAGUGGGCAGCCUCUCAAAGACAUGUCCACAAACACAGUCAGAGAAAUGUACAGACUCACGAAAGGGAAAGUGACAAUCAUUGGGAUCGGUGGUGUGGCCAGCGGACAAGACGCGAUGGACAAAAUCCGUGCUGGUGCAUCAUUGGUUCAGCUUUACACAGCUUUGGCCUUCCAGGGUCCUCCUGUCGUGACCAAGAUAAAGCGGGAAUUGGAACAUCUUUUGAAAGAACAAGGAUUUAGCACCGUUUCUGAGGCCGUUGGGGCUGACCAUAGGGGAUUAGAUGGCUCAACUCAUUGGUGACUCCUGGCAUGGAUGGAAAACACAAGAUGAUAUCUCCGCCUCCUCUGUAGCAGUUAUUCCUCCAGCUGGGCAGAGGUUCAUCUUUUGUUACAGUGUAACAGUAAUUAGCAAAGUGCUUCAACUCUUUCACCCACGCUCUUUGUUUUUACAAAUUAAUAAAUGCUCUUGUAAAUAAACAAUCUACCAU